GCUCCGCGGAGCGGCCAGGAAGGGACGCGCCGCCCCAGCUUUCAGCGGGCCCCCAGCCCCAGCGCCCCAGUGCCCAUGGCCGCGCCGGGACCCCGCGCCUGGCGGGCUGCACUCUGUGGCGGCUGCUGCUGCCUCCUGCUGUGCGCCCAGCUCGCUGUGGCUGGUAAAGGAGCUAGAGGCUUUGGGCGGGGUGCCUUGCUCCGCCUGAACGUGAACGUCUGGCGGGUUAUCCACGGGGGCUGCAAAGAGCUGGAAGUCUGUGAGCAUUGCGUGGAAGGAAACAGAGCACACAACCUCUCAGGCUGCGUGUGGGAGCAGUGCUCACCCAAGGAGCCAGGACACUGUGUGGCCCAAACUGAGGUAGUCAAGGAAGGCUGCUCCAUCUAUAACCGCUCAGAGGCAUGUCCAGCUGCCCACCAUCACCCCACCUAUAAACCGAAACCAAUCACAACAGAGAGCCCCCUGGUCCCCGAAGCCCACAGCUCCGGCUUUGAUGGGGCCAGCUUCAUUGGGGGUGCCGUGCUGGUGCUGAGCCUACAAGCAGUGGCCUUUUUCAUGCUGCGCUUCCUCAAGGCCAAGGACAGCACCUACCAGACACUGGAGGAGAAUCAGUAGGUGAUAUUUCGGGCGAGCCUGCGGCCCUGCAGUUCUGUGGGGAAGGGCCGGAGCCAGGACCGUGUGUGUGGUUUGGUUUUCCUCUGAGAAGGGGAGCUGCACUUGAGGCCCCCCAUGUGCCGCGCGUGCUGUGGGGCGAGUCGCCACAGCCUCCAUUAAAGUGUUUGCUCUCCCAGGUGCUGCCUGCUCUCUGGGGAUGGGGAACCUCAGCCACGCGGAGGCAGGGCCAGUUUCCCAAGUGCCCUCUGUGGCCCUCUUGGCCCCCUGUGGGCACUGUGGGUGGGAAAAAUUUUGGCCACCAAUUUCUGGCCCCUGUGG